AUGCUUUUUCUGAAGAAAUAUUUCACUGAAGGACUCAUUCAGUUCACCAUUUUUCUCAGCUUGAUCGGAGUGAGGGUGGAUGUAGAUACUUAUCUAAAUUCACAUUUCCCUCCCUUGCGGGAGAUUUUUCUGGGCCAGAGCUCUGCUUACACUCAAACACAGUUUCACAACCUGCGGAACACCCUAGAUGGAUAUGUUAUACAUCCCAAAAGUGUAGAUCUGGACUACUAUUUUACAGCUCGACGGCUUCUCAACCAAGUGAGGGCCUUGGACAGGUUUCAGGUGCCCACCACUGAAGUCAGUGCUUGGCUGGUACAUCGAGAUCCUGAAGGUUCUGUCUCUGGUGCUCAGCCCAAUACAGGAAUUUCUCUUGAGAAUGGAAGUGGCUUGCAAAAUGGAACCGCUUCAGACAAUGUAGUCAGAGAAAAUGCAAUGGAACAAGCAUAUAGUGAAGAGUUGGAAGACCUAGGUGCAGUGGCUCCUCCAAUAAAUGGUGAUCUAACUAAAGAGGAUAUUGAUUUAAUUGAUAUCCUGUGGAGACAGGAUAUUGACCUUGGUGCUGGGCGUGAGAUUUUUGACUACAGCCACCGCCAAAAAGAAAACGACGUGGAUAAAGAACCAAGUAACAGUGAAGAAUGUGGGGAUGGCUGGAGGAACAGAGGGGACAGCAGCAUCGCUGACAGAACUGAGGUAGUGGAUGGCGAGACAGGGGAGAGUUUCCCUGCGCAGGCGCCUGGGGUGGAGGAUCAGACAACCUUGUCCUUGGAGGAGUGUCUUAGAUUGCUGGAGGCUACAUUUCCUUUUGGAGAAAAUUCAGAGUUUCCAGCUGCAGAUGUUCCCAGCCUAACUGACUCUCUGCCUAAUGAGAGUGGGCCUUCUGUCGUGUCAGACAGUCUCCUCUCUCCCCUUCUGACAGAAACAGAGCUGCCCUUUGAUCUGGAGCAGCAGUGGCAGGACCUCAUGUCUAUCAUGGAAACACAGAGCAUGGAGGUAAAUAGCACUACAGCUGUAGAAACUUUAUACAACAAUCCAAGUGGAGAUCUUCUGACAGCCAACUAUAGCCUUGCUCCAUCUACCCCUAUUAACCAGAAUGUCAGCCUGCAUCAGGCAUCGCUAGCUGGCUGCACACAAGAUUUUCCUUCUCUGUUCAGCUCUGAAAUUGAAAGUCCUUCAGUGGUUGGGGGCUCAGCUUUGCUGCAGCUGGUUCCUGAUAACUCCACUGGCUUCAAUACCACAUUUGGCUCUACCAACCUAAGUGGAAUUUUUUUCCCUCCCCAGCUAAACAGUACUACAAAUGAAACAUCUGGGCCUGAACUCCCAGACCCUCUUGGAGGGCUUCUGGAUGAAGCCAUGUUGGAUGAGAUUAGUUUAAUGGAUUUGGCUAUUGAAGAAGGCUUCAACCCAGUGCAGGCAUCCCGCUUGGAAGAGGAAUUUGAUUCAGACUCAGGGCUCUCCCUGGACUCAAGUCACAGCCCUGCUUCUCUCAGCAGCUCAGAAGCAUCAUCAUCCUCUUCGACCUCUUCCUCCUUUUCUGAGGAAGGAGCUGUGGGCUACAAUUCUGAUACCGAAAAUGUGGACUUUGAAGAUGUGGAAGGAGCUGUUGGGUAUCAGCCAGAAUACAGCAAGUUCUGUCGGAUGAGCUACCAGAAUCCUCCUCAGUUGCAGUACCUGCCUUAUCUUGAGCAUGUGGGUCACAAUCACACAUAUAACAUGGCCCCCAGGACCUUAGACACUGAUGAGUCCCAGCCAGCUAGUGUGGGAAAGAAGAGUUCCAAAGAGAAGCAAGAAGAUUUUCUAGAUAAGCAGAUGAGUAGAGAUGAACAUAGAGCCAGAGCCAUGAAGAUUCCUUUUCCCAAUGAAAAGAUCAUCAAUUUGCCAGUAGAGGAAUUCAAUGAACUCCUGUCCAAGUAUCAGUUGAGUGAAGCACAGCUUAGUCUAAUCCGUGACAUUCGCAGAAGGGGCAAGAAUAAGAUGGCAGCCCAGAAUUGUCGUAAAAGAAAACUGGACACUAUCCUCAAUCUGGAGCGGGAUGUAGAUGAUUUGCAGAGAGACAAAUCAAAGCUGCUCAGGGAGAAGGUGGAAUUCCUCAGGUCCAUCCGCCAAAUGAAGCAAAAGAUGCAGACCCUCUACCAGGAGGUAUUCGGCCGUCUGCGUGAUGAAAAUGGCCAGCCCUAUUCCCCAAAUCAGUAUGCUCUACAACAUGCCAGUAAUGGCAGUGUUAUUCUAAUACCACGUUCCUUGGCUGACCAGCAGGGACGGCGUCAAGAAAGGAAACAGAAAGAUAGGAGGAAGUGAAAGAUGAUGAAUAUCAUUUGGAAAGCAUAAAACUUGCUGAAUCUGCAACUUCGAGAAGGGCUGAGCCCAGAAGAAUUUGGAGGAACUUUCAUGCCUUCUUAUCCAAUAUAUCUUCUCAAACCAUGAUAGCUGCCAGCCAGUGUAUAGGAGCAUACUGCUAGGCAGGGGGCCUACAAGUCUUGAGAGGCGGAAUGGCAAAGCAUGUUGGGAAAGACCUGUGCUUCCAGAAGCCUCAAACCAAUUGAACAUUAUGAGAGUGUGAAUUAGCUGGCAUAAUGUGUGUUUGCAGGGGGGAGGGGGGAAAUAUCAGCAGAGGAUAAAAAAAAUUGAAUAAGGCUGGCUUUUUGUAAAGGAAGAAAAGUUAAAUGAAUAGAUUGAGAAGACCUAAGAGUAUUUUUUUUCCUUUGAAUUCCCAGUCUUGGAUACUUCAGGUAGCUGGUUGGAUUUUUUAAA